AUGGUUCACCCUGACCGCCCCGACCCUGGGCUCGCCAUCCGCAACAUCACCGUCGUCGGAGACACAUACCUCGCCCAGUCCAUCCUCGACGCCCUCGGCGAGCUCGACCCCCCGCGCCAGCUCACCCUCUUAAUUCCCUCCACGGCCGGCCCCUCCGCCCACUCCCCGCUGCUCUCGUCGUCCACCACCACCACCACCACCAACCACCACCACUCCGACUCCGACUCCGACUCCGACUCCCACCACUCCCACCCCCACCACCCCAUCCGCCACCUCCCCGCCGACUUCUCCUCCCCCUCCAGCCUUCGCGCCGCCCUCGCCGGCCAGGACCUCGUCAUCAGCACCGACGGAGGCGGCGGCGGAGGCGGCGACUACUACGCGGCGCAGACGCGCCUCGUCAACGCCGCGGUGCAGGCGCGCGUGCCGCGCUUCGUGCCCGCCGAGUUCGGGGCCGACUCGCUCAACGAGCGCGUGGCGGGGCGGCUGCCGCCGCACGCGCAGCGGGCGCGGUUGAUUGGGUUUUUGAGGGCGAUGGAGAGUGAGGGGAAGAGCGGGGACGGGACUGUUGCGGGUGGGGAUGGGGAUGGGGAUGGGGAUGGGGAGGUGGGUGGAGAUGAAGGUGGGGGUAAGGGUGGGUGCUGUGCGGAUGGGUGUGGGCAUGGGCAUGGGCAUGGGGAUGCGGAGGGAGACGCGGUGGAGGUGGUGCAGACGAGCGGGGGGUUCGACGACCCGUUUUCGUGGGUCGCGGUCGCGGCGGGGGCGCUGCUGGGCGCGCGGCUGGACGACCUGGGGUUCGACAUCAAGUGGCAGAGCGCCACCGUGUACGGGGACGGGGACGGGGAUGCGGGCGGGCGGGAUCGGGCGUUUUUUGCGGUUUCUUCGCUGGCGUGGGUCGGGCGUUCGGUUGCGCGCGUCGUCGAGCGCUGGGACGCGGUUCGGAAUUCUUAUCUCUACGCGGCGGGCGCCGUCACCUCGGCCGACGAGGUCGUCGCGUGCUUGCAGGCGGCGACCGGCAAGGAGUGGGCGGUCGGCACGGCCGAUGUUGCCGAGUGCGUGGCUGAGGCGGAGAGGUGCUUGCGGAGGGGCUUCCCGGACGCGGGCAUCGCUUUGAUGGAGAGGAGCGUGCUGUACGAUACUUCUCUGGGCGCUGUGGAUUCCUUCAGGACGAAGAGCGCGAACGACCUCUUGGGUUUGGGCCGGGAGAAGGUGGAAGACAUAAUCAUUGGCGCGGUUCACGACUUUCAGAAUCACGGAAAGGCCGACUGUGGUUGCUCGUAG